GUAGCUGGGUCGCUCAUGGGUGAACCAAUGAGUGUAUUGGGGUCACUUCAGGAACUUAUGUGACCCAAAGACAGGCAGCUGCACCGCUGACACACACACCUAGUGUGGGUUCUGAUUCACCCCUGUACAGCUUGCAGGUGGCUCCAUUCCAGAUUUCUGUCCCUAGCCAUUGUUUAAAGCAACUUUAAAAUCUUGCAACUUUCUGAGGAGACUCUCACCUCCCACCAAGAGGGAGAUGCUUGGAUGUCAGGGGUAGUAGCUGCUAUGCAACAACCAGGAACAUACAGGUAGAACGUAGCCUGAGCAUCUCCUGUGAGUAUCAUCCAGCCCAGAGCCAGUGACAAGCUGUGAAAAGCUGAGACCCAUGCCCCAGAUGGCAGAGAAUAAAGACCCCAUUCAGCUUCGGCUGCUUAGCCUGGGGCUGCUGAAGCAGCUGUGGGCUGGGCACGAUGCCAUGUGUCGGUCAGUGGCCAGAGCAGCGUCAGAGUCAAACCUGGACUAUAGCAGCAGCGGCAACUUAGAGAUGCCACUGUCCCAAGAGAGUUCCUCCAGCUCCUCGGUGGCCCCGAGCUCACAGGACAAAAGACAGGAGUGGGACCCACUGGACGGUCGCCGAGGAGCCACAUCUGAUAGGUCCUUCUAUGGCAAGGACAGCUACAGGGUGGACUCUUUGCCAUCUGUCACGUGCCAACACCAGGAGCCCCAGGAUGAACGGCAGCCCCCCUCAGUACCCUUGCUAGCCACUGAAGGUCUGAAGAGGCCACCAAAAGGUCUGGGACUUCACGAGACACAGGUUCCAAAGUCCAUGCUGUCACGACCAAGCAAGCCAUCUAAGCCCAAAGUGACCUUCUCCCAAGAGUCUGCAAUGCCUGAGAGCAGGUGGCGCUUCCAGCCAUACCUGGGCUAUGACUGGAUUGCAGGGUCCCUGGACACUAGUUCUCCCGUCACCAGCAAACCCGAGGCCUUCUUCUCCAUGCUUCAGAGGUUCCGAGAAGCCAACAAAGAGGAUUGCAUCUGCGACUCCCCUGAAGCUGUGUUCCCAGGCCUGCAGGAGAGCAGUGGUGUGGAAGAGAGCCACCAGUGUGUGUACUGUUACCGUGUCAACCGGCGCCUGUUUCCUGUGCCAGUGGACCCAGGUACCCCUUGCCGCCUAUGUGGGAUACCCCGGGACCAACAGGGACCUGAGACUCUGGCGGAGCCCGCGCAGGUUAGGGUGAGCAUCCCCUUGUCCAUCCUGGAGCCCCCACACCGCUAUCGAAUUCAUAGACGGAAAAGCUUUGAUGCCUCUGACACCCUGGCUCUGCCUCGGCACUGUCUGCUGGGCUGGGAUAUCUUCCCUCCAAAGCCUGAGAAAAGCUGUGUCCCCAAGAGUCUUGACCUCUGGUCCUCUGUCUCCUGUGGAGCGCAGCGCCGACAUCUGUCAGCCACCAGCCCAUCCCGCCUGGCCUUGCCAGCACAGGUCCCACCACCAAUCUGGUCAGAGCCUCAGGUUUCCCAGCUCCGUCCCGCCCAUUAGAAGCCCUGUGGACUGACCACUCAGAAGGGAACAGUAUUCUACCUGUGUCGUCAACCUCCCCUGAGGAGGCAGCACCUGAGAGAUGGAUGGACGCCCCUACAAUGAGGCUGAAACCUGUCAAGACAGAAGUGGCUGUGCUGUUGAGAUGGGAGGGUCCAGGCCUGGCGCUGGCCCAUCCUUCCUUCUCCUGGGGUAGGAACUCAAGGGUGGAGGGGGCAGAGACUCUGUCAGUAGUAUGCAAAUAAAACUCAGGGCCCUAUACUUCCCAUCCCCACAUAGCUUGCCUUUCCUGCUGGUCUCCUUGAUGUCCAGGUGUCCUGGUCACAACUGGCUUCACUUUGCCUAAGGGAGACACUGGCUACCUGCAGGCGAGCACCCAGUGAGCACCCAUUACUUGGAGUGUGGCUUCUUUUUUGUAUACUUUUUGCCAUAGAGUCUCACAUGGCCUAGGCUGGCCUGGAACUCACAAUCCAAGGAUGACCUUGAACUGCUCCAAUCCUCCUGCCUCCACCUCCUGAGUAUUAGGAUUACAGGCAUAUCCACUGUGCCCUACUUGAGCUUCUAGCUUUUUCUGUAGCUCUCAGAUCUAGAUAGAGGCCGUCUACCAGGCAAAUGGGGUGGUUCCCCAAGGCAGGCUAGAACCAAGGUCAGUGUUACAGUACCUCAGGCCUGGGGAGAUGGCUCAGUGGGUAAGAAUCUUGUUAUGUAAGUUUGAGGACCUGAGUUCAAAUCCCCAGGACCCAUGUGAAAGCCAGACAUGUACUGAGUGUCUGUAAUCCUAUGGGGGGCAUGAGAGGUGAAGACAGAGGAAUUCCUAGCCUGGCUUACACAUUGGAAAAACAACAAAGAAACUCCUUACCUCACGAUGGAAGGUAUAGAUCAACACCCAGUGUGGUCUUCUGCCUUUUUUAUGCACACCAUGGCAUGUGUGCACCUGCAUUCACACGCACAAACACACACACAAAUACACACAUGUACAGACUCACUAAAAAUGUGUCUCAUAUCAAAUAGGUGAGCUUUGUCCUUGAUCUCAACAGAAGGGUUCUCUUGAAGUCCCUGGCAUCUCCAUGCCCUUUUCUGGGCCCAGUUCUAGAAACGGGGUGGCUUACAACCCUAGGAAGGAUAAAUUGAGAAGCUGAUAGUUUACCAAGCAGCACAUCAGACCAGAGCUUGGAGGUGUUAGGGAGUAGGAUCCUGUUUCUCCCAUCCCUUGUGUGCUUUGGGUUGCGUAAUAUUCCAUUUCAGCCUUGUGGGCUGGAGAGUUAGCUCAGAGGUCAAUAGGUUCUGAGUUCAAUUCCCAACAACCACGUGGUGGCACACAACCAUCUAUAAUAAGAUCUGGUGUCCUCUUCUGGCACUCAGGCAUAUG